AUGUUACAGAUUUUCAAGAGACAUAAAAAGAGACGCUCCCAGGCAACUGAAGAUCCUCAAACCACAAAUAGACGCUCAUCCUCCCUGGCAUCUAUUGAGACUGACACAACAUCGUCUCCUCCUUCUACGAGGUAUUCAUCUUCGCCGCCGUCAUUACCAGUGUCCAAAGGCCGACCAUCUCCUGCACAGAUCAGUUACUCUACCUCCGCAGUACCUGAACUCCAACUCCACACAGUACCUGAAGCUACUGUAAGACCUGCUCCAGUAAUAAGGAACUCCUUGCCACUCUCAGCGUCAGCGUCUUCCACCUCGGCUGUAUCUACACCGACUCGUGUUAUUCCUACAACACCGAACUCAACAGGCCGUAACACACAGCUUGUUUUUGAACUGUCUCCUCAGCCAGACAGUCCAACUUCUCCAUCUCCUGUCCGCUCUCAACCAUACAAUCCACCCUCUCCAUCACCCAUCCGGCCCUCAGUGAGCGCCUCAGUCUCCACUGAAUCUGUAGAUACAAUCAAACCACUACAACCUUCGACGCCUAUCAUGCAAACAACUCGACCCACUUCAAGUCGGCAGCAGACAAACGGCGCGAGUGCGGUGCUGUCACCACCGGCUUCGCCUCAAGCUCUCUUCCGUACAAAGGGUCGUCUUCCAUCAUUCACAUCUUCUCGCGCAACUAGCGGGAACUUCAGCACAAUGAUGUCGUACAACAAGCGAGGAAACAGCAACAGCCACCAAACCUCAUUGGUCCAGGACUCGGCAGCCUCUCUCCGGAAGAGAAGUGCGGCCGAGUUAGGCGCAGGCGUUUACCAGAGCAUCGGCAAUGUCUCCUAUGUUGCGUUUCUUGAAUGGAUCAGGUCCGAGCGUCUAACCACACUCCCCCACAAGGGUAGUCGUUGGGACAAAGUUCUGAUCCGCGCGCUAUACUUCGCUGAGCAGCUUCACAAAUUCGAGCUAGCUGUGAGGCCCUUCGCCCAGGACAGCAGUUCAGCAGCCAUCAUCGGGUAUGGUCAUGCGCAGCUGCUUCUCGAGCUUAGCCACCACAACUCUGAGGCUCUUGACAAGGCUUUCUCCGUCUUCUACAAGUUCGCCAUGUCAUUCCAAUCGGUUCUGCAUCGUUCAGAGUUGUUGAACGCGAGUUCAGAAAUUACCGAACAGAUCUGUUUGUUGUACACAGAUCUUAUUACUCUUGUGGUCGACGUAGCAAUCAAGUUCUACAAGACCGUCAAAGGCAUGACACCUGGUUCAACCACCCUUGACAUUUUCGAGCUGUUCGGUGAAACAAUCGAGACCUUCCGUACCCGCCAGAAUAAUGUGGUUGAAUUGAUCUGGCAAUCUCAGAUUGAGAAGGGCCACUUUGAGGAAGAGGAAGCCAUCGAUGUUCAACAUCUGAGCCGAUGGCUAUCUUCGCAAGAUCGUGUGAUUGCUGCAAUCACCAGGGAUCACGAGACUUACGUAGACAACCAAGCGGAGUUUACUUGUCUCUGGUUCCUCAAGCACAUGACUAGAUUCUUCCAGAGCGACAACCGCGUCUUCCUUGUCACUGGUCAGUCAGGUGCCGGAAAGACGACACUUGCUGGAUCGAUCGUUGAGCGAUUGCAACGACCCAUGAGCAAGAAGCAAUACGACACACUUUUCUGCUCGUUAUCUCCCGACAUUCCGACUGCCGCUACAUCAUUAGCAGUGGUGAAGUCCUUGUUGUUCCAACUUCUCAAUCUUCGCAUUGGCAACAUGGGCGUAUACAAGGCUCUUUUCGACGCCUACCACCAAUGCAGAAGCUCCGAUGACCUCAAGGCCUACGAGGAAUGCUUAUGGCAUGCGCUUGGCGAAGCUCUCAGGAACCCUGUCAGUGGUGGCAACGAACUGGUGAUGAUUGUCGACGGUCUUGACGAGAUUGCGGCCUCUAACAGUGCCUCUAUUCAAGCUGCUGGCGUUGUCAGCCCUGCUGAUCUGCUUGAGAGGCUGGCUAAGGUCACUCAGCAGGGCAAGGGUGUAAGGCUGAUCACAUUGUCUUCUUCUAUGAAGCUGCCGUCUUCGGCCAAGGGGAUCCAGCAUCAGAUUAUCAACGAAGAUGUUCGUGACGAUCUUCACGCUGUCGCACUACGGGCUCUGAUUCACAACCACCACUUCCAUGGUCAGCGUCCUUUCGAACAGGAACAAAUCUUGGACCGUAUCAUUCGCAUGGCGAACGGGUCAUUCCUACACAUCACAUUGACUUGUGAGUUGCUGAAUACCCAGAAGUCACCAGAUGCCUUGAUGAAGACACUGGAGGGUUUUGAAUCUUCCAAGCCGUCUGUCCAGGACUUGAUUCUCAAGCUCUUCACUACUCUAAACCCGACCAACGACGCAAAGACAUUGCUAUCGUGGGUUUUGGCCGCUGAGCGACCUCUGACCAUCGACGAGAUUCAGACCCUGUUCUCAGUCGACGUACAACGCGGCACUAUAUCAGAAAAGGGUGUGAACACGAACGAGAUCUUCAAGACGCUCGCACCAUUGUUCACUCUGCAUCAACGCAUAGUCCGCUUCAAGCACCCCGUCAUUCACUCCACUCUGCAUGACUUCUCAGCCAAUGGAAAGAUUCCUAUCCCUCUGAAGGACAGCGAAACGGACAUGCUUCUCAGGGUACUUGCUUACUCCAAGCAUACUUUGAAGGACCACACAGCCGAACCGACUUUCGACACAUUUGAUCCUUCAACCCCCGACAGAUUAUUCAGGAAGCAUCCUUUCCUCGAGUACGCAGUGCGAUACUGGGUUCUUCAUCUCCAGCAGUCUCCUCUGGCUCCUAAGUCGUCUGGCGAGUUCAAGCCCACCGGCGAACUUCAGAAGGUGUUCCCCGAAAGCACCAUGUUCCCGAUUCUGGAGUCUUACUGCUGGGAUACCCAAUUGCCUAUCCCUGAGGCUCUGGAGUUACAGAGGCUUGUUAGCAUCCUUCGCAAGAACAUGCUCCCAGAGAACCACCCUGGUCUUCUCCAGACAUAUCUGUCAAUUGUCACAAGCUAUCUGCUCAUCUCGAACGUUACGGAGGCCACGAAGUAUCUCUACCUGUGUACUAUCGUCAGUCGUAAGGUCUUGUCGGAUAUGCAUCCCUUGACCUUGGAUUGUGCAAGCCAGUUCUUGAAGAUUACGGAGACUCAGACAACGACCACUAGGACUGAGAUCAUGACACGCCGUGAGGAAAUUUUGAAGGUGUUGAUUACCACCUAUGAGCGUCAAUACGGCAGCACCUCUGAGCUAGUUAUCGAGACUCGCAAGGUUCUGGCCCAGCUUUACGAGACCAUCAACGAACAGGAACGCUCCAUUGAAAUCUACCGCCUCAUUCAGGAUGCCACCAUCCAGCUUUAUGGCCGAGACUCGCAUCAGGCCCAUGAUAUCCAUGAUCAUCUCCAAGUGACUCUUGGAAAGGGCACAGGCGAUCGUGAGAUUGAGAUCUACGAUGACUUCUCUUUCGAAGUUGACCAAGAUGAUGAAGAGCACGUCGAGAUUCUCACCAUUUCUACUAUCAACGCAAUGUUGAUCCAGAUCCAAAAGCUUCUCACUAUGAAGAGGUUUGCUGAAGUCGAGAGGAUGUACGUUGAGCUCUGGAUGGAGGUCUCAUCCAAAUGCCGCACUGUCCAAUCUGUGGAAUGGCACGAGAAGAACAUUGAGAUUGCCACCUCUUAUUCGCAGUUCUUGAAGAGUCAGAAGCGUACCAACGAGUCUGUGGCUAUUCUGACCUCAGUCUGGCAGCAGUAUGAGUCCCAUCAUCUGUCCUUUGCGAAGAGCAUCGUUCAACGUCUCACAAGCGUUGCCAAGGAGAUGAGAAGCAUGAAUGCGCACUCUCAAGCACUCUCAAUUUUCAAGUUUGCCCAUUCCUAUUACCGCAAGUCCAGCAGCGAAGAGUCCUCUGAGUCGCGUGAAAUCAGCCAGCAACUUUCCCAGACUUCCAAUGAGCUCGUCCAGCAUAGUCUGAACAGCUCUAGCUCUACAACGGAAACUACGACGACCAUUUCGGAGUCUGUCUACCAAGACGUGUUUUUCACAACCAUAUCGAGCUCCAAGACUAUUGAGUCUAGCACUAUGGCGCUAGCCAAGAAGCUGGUAGUGCAACACAUGGCGAAGAAGAACUACACUGCCGCCAUCAGUGUUGUCCAUGCUACUCUGCAGCGUACAUGGUCUUCCUUCCUCGCCAACUCUAUCCAUGAUGUCACCAUGGCGACCGUGUUCACUCAGGAGUCAAUCGAGCUUGUCGAGCGCCUCGCAGAAUGCUAUCUGCAGACACGACAGCUUGAAAGGGUCGACGAUGUCUACAGCCGCUUCUUCCGCGCUGUUCUAGUCACCGAGAACGUUGACAAGGCCAUUUUCGAGAAGUCGAAGAACCUGUUGAUCAACUUCUACGACAAGCACGGCUACGCGGACAAGGCAAUCAGCACCUACCAGGAGAUCUUGGUUGUUUACCGCAACCGUCUGGGCCACACGCACGAGCACACCAUCCAGACCUUGUAUAUCCUCGCUCAGAGAUGCCGCAGCCACCCUCGCAACCAUGGCUACUGGCUGGACUACUACCUGCAGAUCCUCACGGCUCUCAACAAGGACUCUGAUGUUUGCCACAAGGAUGCUCUGGAUGCUAUGCUCGUUGUCACGGUCACCUACUGGGAAGACCGCAGGUACGCGGAAGCCGUAACCUUCUACAGAGUACUCUGGAACACUUUCGUCCGCCAGACCAAGCAGCACAAGGUCUUUACCGACGUCAAAUUUGUUGAGACACUAUACGAGCGAUACUACCAGUGUCUGGAGGAGACCAAGGCCAGUUGGUCUGAACUCUACAAGGUGACCAAGGAGUACCGUGAGACUUCCAUUGCCGUUUUUGGUGCUGAGUCGACCAUCGCUGUCAACGCAACCCUUGCGCUCGCACAGGUGGCUCAGAGCAGCGAGCAGCAUAUGUCGGAGGCCAUCUCGCUCUACGAGGCGGUCUCGCAGUCGGGUAAGCAGGUCAUAACCACUACCAGCAUCUCGGAGAUCAAGCAUGCACUGUCAUCUCUCUACUCCAAGCAGAUGCACUCUUCUUCUUCCAGCAGUAUGAAGGCCGAGACCGUGCAGCGUGCUUUGAGUAUGUCCGAGUCGCAGUUCGAGCAAUCCACGCGCGAGAAUGGAUACAGCCAUGAAUCUUCGCUCACAAGCUUGAGGGAACUCUCGUCUCUAUACUCGCGCCAGCAGAAGUCGGAUGUUGCGGUUAAACAGAUCUCAAGGACUGUCUCCGAGAUCAUUUCAAAGGAGACCUCCUCGCAGAAGCAGAUCGAGUCCGCCAGGUCUAUCGCUGCGACCUUCCAGGCUAUUGAACAGGUCAACACUGCGCAUGCGAUGGUUCACGAGCUUCACCGUCAAAUCUGCGCCAAGGACGCUCGCAACGCAUCCAAGUGGUCAUUUGACCUGACGAAGAGCGGCCGUACGGCUAUCGCCUUCCUCGCAUCUCUCCAAUACAACCUUCGUAAAGAUCUUAGCAUCAGCUUCUCGGAGAUCUACGCUGAUUUGACCAUGGAGUACAUCUACUGGGUGCAGUUCCACCAGACUCUCGACAACAACGAGAGCCUUACCAACAUCCUUCUGGCUGCCGCUCCUCUCCGUUACUUCCUGCGCCGCAACGACCAGAAGGACAUGAUUGCAGUUGUCGAGGAGCAAGCAGUUGGUCUCUUUGUCAAGCGUGACGCACAGGACUUGAAGGACUUCAGCAAGGAGUCGCCACGCAUCUUCAUCAUUGGUAUCCUUGACCAUCUGGGCAACGGCCGCAACAAGAACUUCAACCGCGCCGUUAUCCUGUCCUCUAAUGAGAGCGUGGCCAAAUGUACCAAGGCGAAGAUGUUCCACGAGGCAUACGACAUCGCCAACCUUGGCUUCCUCUACGCCAGCAAGCAUGACGGCUACAACGGCCCGCGUGCUAUCAGCAUGGGCUUCAAGCUUGCCUCGCUGCUUGUCGGCCGCGAUGGCGAGAAGUGCCCCGACCCUACUCUUCGUAAGAAGAUGCUGGUUCUCUCCAACCGUAUUGUCAAGAAGAUCUUCGAGAUUUGCAGGAACCUCAAGAUCAACUUUGCUCAGGUCCAGUUGUACGAGCUGAGCCACCUUUCGGUCCUCCUGGGCGAACAGGAAGACUACGAGAGUCUCGAGUGGCUCCUCACAACUCUCUGGCAGACACGCGACGCGCAAAAAUCAUGGCCCGCCGAGGUGCUCCUCAACCUUGGCCGCCGCCUCAUUUGCGCUCGCUACCUUGCCAACGAGGAGGUCAAGGCCAUCCGUCUCGCAGAAGACAUUGCCUACAACAUGCGCCGAGCCCACGGUCCCCGCGCUCCAGUCACCAUCGAGACGUACGAGCUCCUCGCCCAGCUCUACACAUCGACUGGCAACAAGUACCAAGCGCAAGCUGCCAAGGGCGAAAAGACCGCUGGCCUCGCCGCCGACUACUUCAAGAAGGCCAUUGGCAUUCACGAGGAUAUCCUCCGCGUCCUCGUCAACGACCCAGCCAAUUCCGCCAACGAGGACGAGGAUGACGAUGACGAUACCACCGCAGAGCUCCUCGCUCGCGAAGGUGUCAACGUCAACAACGCACCCAACUCGCCACCCUCUGCUGCUGUUGAUUCCGACGCGCUCGACAAGUCGGCGACAGCGCUCAAGCACCUUCACCUCCUCAAGCUUGCGUACCAGCGCUACGGUGGCUGGCCCAAGUCUUACGACGAGUACGAGCACCUCAACGCCCAGUUGUUCCGCGUGUUCGGUUCAGAGGGCAAGUGGAAGGGUGUUGAGGGUACGGAGAAGUGGGAUGCGAAGGCAUUUGGUGCUGGCAAGGCUGAGAGCCAGGAGGGUGGCUUCCAGGGUAUUGCGGACUGGAGUCUGGGAAGCGAUGAGCUGGUCUCUAUCGGUCACGGACACGGACAGGGUCAGCACACUGCCAUGGUCAACGGAAAUGCCAUGUUGCACAACAAGAGGAUCAAUUAA